UUGCACUGCAUCCAAUAACGGAAGCAUUUCUAUAAUAACAUUUGUAUCCCGCUCCAUCACUCUCUGCCUGUGUUAGGCAAGCGGGUGCGGGGGUCGGGGGUUCAGAAUUCCGCACAGAACACAUUUCGAGUUACAGCAAAAGUUAACAAAGAUAGACUGCCAGCUUCAUCGCCUCCUCGACCUUCAUGCAUCCAAACCAAGCGUUCAACUGAAUACGGAGUCCUGUGCUCCGUUCAUUUUCAUACAGUUUGGCUUUUACUUCUCUCACGGCACAGUAUGAAAACUCCCAUUAUCAAGCUAAAAGGUUACUCUAGUAUUUCUAUCUCUACGCACGUUUCGCGGGAGCGCAUGUGCGUAGCGUCGCACAGGUUGGCGUGUUGACGUGCCGAGUGAUCGGUCCGGGUAGCUUCUGCGCUCGUGCUCUGUGAGAGGAUGCCUGCUGAAAACCCCCAGCCAGAAGACAGUACUCAAGGACAGAAUCAUGGUACCAAUCGGAAUGAUUUGAAUAAUGUAGGAACAGUAGAGGCUAAGCAAGGAAGUGAUUUGCCUCCCAGCGAAUAUCAGAUUGGGAACUCUUGGGAAGCUCUUGCCUAUGAGAGCAGGCCAUCCACAUCUUCAGCUCCCACAUCAUCUGGAACACUGAGAAAGGGACAACCACCGCUGCACAUCAACAGGCAGCAAAUCCAGUCUGUAAGGCGUGGUGCUCAAGCAGAUGAACUCAAAGAUCUGGAAGUUGAUGUGUAUGAUCAAGAUGUGUUGGAACAGGGAGUCCUUCAGCAGGUUGACAAUGCAAUCAGUGAAGCAAAUAAGGCAGUGCAAAUUGUUGAUGCAGAAAAAGAAUACCAGUCUGUAUUGGAUGACUUGAGGUCAUGUUUAACAUCCCUGAAACAAAUUGCUACAAUUAUUAAGCAACUUACACCUCAAGCUGCCACCAGUAAAGAUAUUAACAGAAAACUAGAUUCUGUGAAGCGGCAAAAAUAUAACAAGGAGCAGCAGUUGAAAAAAAUCAAAGCAAAGCAAAAGCGUCUUCUAAUAAUUCUUGGUGAAAAGAUUCCUGAUGGAAUAGAUGAUGCUGGAUCUGAGGAAGAUGGAGACCCUGGUCCUUCUACCCUUGGCAGUAUGCUUAUGCCAGCCCAGGAAACUGAGUGGGAAGAACUCAUCCGUACUGGUCAGAUGACUCCUUUUGAAACAAAAAUACUCCAAAAGGAAAAGAAGAAACCUCGUCAGAUAAUGUUAAAUGAAGCAUCUGAUUUUGAAAAAUAUUUGGCAGAUCAAGCAAAGCUCUCAUUUGAAAGGAAGAGGCCAUUGUUUCAUAGAAGGACCAAGCAGAAAGCGCUUCCAGAGAAGAAUUUGACCGAAGCUCCAGUAUGUUCUACCAAAGGCAAAGGAAAGAAGAGUAAAGGCCUGUCAAAAAUGGAUAGCCACUUGAAGAAGCACAUGAAAAAACUUCAGAGUCACGUUCUUCGGAUUCAGUCAAAGGCCAGACUUCCUAAGACCAAAGAAAUACAGAUAGGCGAGCAACAGGAAGACAGUGAAGAGUCUGAAUAUGUGCCUAAUGAGGAUUUCAACAAUACAGAUGAGGAGGAAUUUAUUCAUUAUGAUAGUGGCACUGAUGAUUAUAAAGUGAAGCCUCUGCUGCAGGGAGGUAAACAUUUAUUGAUAAGACAGUUUCAGAAAGAAGGUGAGAGGGAUGAUGACUUUUUCCCAAGCUCUGAAGAAGAAGAAGAAGAAGAAGAAAAAGAUCUUAUUGUUGGAAAACACAGAAUGAAACGAUGCAGAGAUGAUGGCAAUGAAGAUUACUAUAAACAAAGGUUAAGGAGGUGGCACAAACAACGAUUAAAAAGUGGAGAGGAACAAUGGAGGGCAGGUGAAGAUUCUGAUGACAGCGAUGUGGAAUUUGAGGGUUUUAGAGUGCCAGGUUUUCUCUUCAAGAAGCUAUUCAAGUACCAGCAGACAGGUGUUAGGUGGCUCUGGGAAUUGCACUGCCAGCAGGCUGGAGGAAUUCUGGGAGACGAGAUGGGAUUGGGCAAGACCAUCCAGAUAAUUGCUUUCUUGGCAGGUCUGAGCUACAGCAAGAUCAGGACUCGUGGUUCAAAUUACAGGUUCAAAGGGCUGGGUCCGACAGUGAUUGUGUGUCCAACCACUGUGAUGCAUCAGUGGGUAAGAGAGUUCCAUACUUGGUGGCCUCCAUUUAGAGUUGCAGUUCUGCAUGAGACAGGCUCUUAUACCAACAACAAGGUGAAACUGAUUCGGGAAAUUGUAGCAUGUAAUGGUAUUUUGAUAACUUCCUAUUCAAAUAUUCGCUUGCUGCAAGAUAACAUCCACAGCUAUGACUGGCAUUAUGUGAUUCUAGAUGAGGGACAUAAAAUUCGGAACCCAAAUGCUGCAGUUACACUUGCUUGCAAACAGUUCUGCACUCCUCAUCGAAUCAUAUUGUCCGGGUCACCUAUGCAGAACAACCUUAAGGAGCUGUGGUCCCUCUUUGAUUUUGUGUUUCCAGGGAAACUGGGAACAUUGCCUGUCUUCAUGGAGCAAUUUUCUGUUCCAAUAACCAUGGGAGGGUAUUCAAAUGCCUCUCCAGUUCAGGUGAAAACUGCCUACAAGUGUGCUUGUAUUUUACGAGACACCAUUAAUCCCUAUCUGCUGCGGAGAAUGAAGGCAGAUGUUAAAAUGAGCCUCUCGCUACCAGAUAAAAACGAACAGGUUCUGUUUUGCCGUUUGACGGAUGAGCAGCACCAAGUUUACAAAAACUUUAUUGAUUCCAAAGAAGUAUAUCAAAUUCUCAAUGGAGAAAUGCAGAUUUUCUCUGGAUUGGUAGCCCUGAGAAAGAUCUGCAACCAUCCAGACCUCUUUUCUGGUGGCCCAAAAAUUUUGAAAGGUAUACCUGAUGAAGAAUUAAAUGAAGAGGAUCAUUUUGGAUACUGGAAACGUUCUGGAAAAAUGAUAGUCAUAGAGUCUCUGCUGAAAAUAUGGCACAAGCAGGGGCACAGAGUACUUCUCUUUACUCAGUCUAGACAGAUGCUCCACAUCUUGGAAGCAUUUCUGAGGAAGGAAAGCUAUUCUUACCUCAAAAUGGAUGGCACCACAGCAGUUGCGUCAAGGCAGCCACUUAUUGCAAGAUACAAUGAGGAUACAUCCAUAUUUGUAUUCCUUCUUACUACUAGAGUUGGUGGGCUUGGUGUUAACCUGACAGGUGCAGACAGAGUGAUUAUCUAUGACCCUGACUGGAAUCCAAGCACAGACACCCAGGCUCGAGAGCGUGCAUGGAGAAUAGGCCAAACAAAAGAGGUGACGGUUUACAGACUUCUUACUGCAGGUACUAUUGAAGAAAAGAUUUACCACAGACAAAUCUUCAAACAGUUUCUAACAAACAGAGUGUUGAAAGAUCCAAAGCAAAGGCGUUUUUUCAAAUCCAAUGAUCUGUAUGAACUCUUUACAUUGAGCAGUCCAGAUGGAACUCAAGGGACAGAAACCAGUGCUAUUUUUGCAGGCACUGGUUCUGAUGUUCCAACACCAAAGUGGCAGUUAAAGCGUAAAGCUGCAAACCCUUCUAAUGUUUCUAAAAGAUGCCAUCUUACAGAGCACAACCUACCCAGUUGCAGCAAGCUGCCAGAUUCUUUCUCAGCAAGACAACAUGCGAGUUCACCUACUACUACAACUGAAAGUAUAAAGGGAAACUCAGAAACAUUCCCCUGGACUUCUAGUUCUCAAAAAACGGAUCGCCAAAUUGCUGCUGCUAAUAUAGUUUCAUUCACUGGAGCAGCAGCAGAUGAGGGAUCACUAUCUAGAACACAGCAGUGGGGAAAGUUGGCUUCUGACAGUAUGGGAUGUUUGAGGAACGUCUUGCCAGUUGGUGAAUCUAGUGUAAGUGGAGAAGAGCAGCAUAAUAUUGUACACAAGCCAAAUAGUCAGUCUACAAAGCAGGAUGGAAAUGGGCAACCAGAUAAUAAUUACAACAAGCAUACUUCAAAAACUAAACAUCAUCGUCUAGAACGUAAGGGCAGAUUGAGGAAGCCCAAAUGUUCCCAAGAUGCCAGGUUUGAGGGUGAGCGAAUUCCUCACCUGAUGAAGCAGAGAAGGUACCGAAAGGAAGACAGUGAGGAAAAGAGUAGUCCUAAGAAAAACGAAGACUAUGUAUUGGAGAAACUUUUCAAAAAAUCAGGAAUACAUAGUGUCAUGAAGCAUGAUGCCAUUAUGGAAGCUUCCAGCCCAGAUUAUGUGUUAGUGGAAGCAGAAGCCAAUCGUGUUGCUCAGGAUGCCCUCAAAGCCCUGAAGAUCUCUCGACAGCGAUGCCAAAGAGCUACUUCUGGUGUUCCCACUUGGACUGGUACUAGUGGCCUGUCUGGCCUACCAGCAAGAGUAAAAAGCAGGUUUGGUCAGAAAAGGAACCCAGCCUUGGUGAUGCCAUCCUCCUUUUCUCCAUCUUCAGGGGGAAAAAGCAAGGAUACUGAGAUAGGAAAAGAAGAGAAUAAAAAUGUUCCUAGUUCUCAUUUUGAUGGAAGCAUGGAAAUAGGACAGCCCUCUUCAGAUACCUUAGACUCCUCAGCUCUGCUGGCUAAAAUGAGGGAAAGAAACCACUUAAUAGUACCCCAGAGAACAGACUAUCAAAGAGCGGAGGGUCAACUGCAAGCAGCAACAGUGCCAACAGAACAUGAUGAGUUGCUUGUGGAUGUCCGAAACUUCCUAGCUUUCCAGGCCCGUGUGGAUGGUCAAGCUACCACUCAGGAAAUACUGCAAGAAUUUGAAUCAAAGCUGACUGUGGAACAGUCUUGUGUCUUCCGGGAGCUCCUAAGAAACCUCUGCACUUUUCACAGAAGCUCAAAUGGGGAAGGACUCUGGAAACUAAAACCAGAAUUUUCCUGACAGUUAUUUUGGAUUAAUGGUUUCCCAUUUAACACUCUUGAUUCUCAUGACUAUUUUAAAAAAACAAAUACGGUAGUUUUAUAUUUUGUUCAUUAUAUUUAAUGAAUUGGUGCAUUACAUGCUGCUAUGCUUUAUUACUCCAGUACACUGCACUGUUUUACAUAAAUUGUGCCAGCUACCUCAUGAUGUAGCAAUAGAGGCCAACUGGACAGUGUUUGGGGUUUUUGUUUUAAUCUUAUGGUGAUUGGGACUCAGAAUACCGAACUUCUUAGUGUGGACUUCUGUUAAGCUUUCUGAUAGACUAGCCAUAGAAAUCAGAUAGUAUAAACUGCUAGUCUGGAUGCAUAUUGCACAUGCUGACAUCUAGGGAUGCUCAAGGAAUGUUUUGCACACCUCCAGGGGGUAGAGAGUGGGUGCUUUAAAAGAAGAAAGGCAGGUCUUACCUGCCCCCACCCCCAGCCGUACUGUCGGUAUUAAACGUUGCAUGUUUGCAGGGCUUCUCCAACACAUAAAUGCCAAGGGCAAUAAGACCUGCCUUCCUCCUUUUAAAGCACCCACUCUCCACCCCCUUCCCCAGAUGUGCACAAAACGCUUCAUGAACAUCCCACUGAAAUGAUUCGGCUGGGGCAGCUCAAAGCAUUCCGAUGCCUUGAAUUAGAGGCGCCAAAACACUUCAUGCACAUACCCACUAAUGUUGGUUGUUUAUAGUUCUUACCAGCAUUAAUAAAAGCAGAUCCUUUUCAGUGCUCAGAUAAUUUGUGGUGGUGCUUCUUCUCAGGAUUUGUAACCUGUGAGAGAAACUCUAGCACUAGAAACAAUGAAUCUAAAGACAUAGAAACUGGCAACAUUUUGGCGUGUUUGUGCUGGGGCAGAAUUCCAUCUAUCAACUGUUCAGAUCCACAUUAGGACUCAACAGCACUCACAGACAUGAUGUUGCAAUGCCCUCCUCUGGCUGCCAAAUGAAUGUGAUGGGGGGGAGGGGUUGUCUUUUUGUCUGCUAAGCCCUUGUGUCUUCAUUACCCCAAGAGCUGUGGGAGAGGAGAGGAGAGGAGAGCUGGUCUUGUGGUAGCAAGCAUAACUUGUCCCCUUAGCUAAGCAGGGUCUGCUCUGGUUGCAUUUGAAAGGGAGACUAGAAGUGUGAGCACUGUAAGAGAUUCCCCUCAGGGGAUGGAGCCGCUCUGGGAAGAGCGUCUAUGUUCCAAGGUCCCUCCCUGGCUUCUCCAAGAUAGGGCUGAGAGAGAUUCCUGCCUGCAACCUUGGAGAAGCCGCUGCCAGUCUGUGAAGACAAUAUUGAGCUAGAUAAACCAAUGGUCUGACUCAGUAUAUGGCAGCUUCCUAUGUUAUCUUAACCUUAGCUAAGUCAUAGUGCACCAACUUGAUUAAUAGCCCAACCAAAUGAAAGCACAGUUUUAUUUUCUACCGUGUUACAAUGCAAACUAAGUAUCUCAGGAUUUUUACCAAUUCUUUGGGACAGCAUUGGGUAUGAAGUUCUAGUAUUUAAGAUGGUUGGUCUCUUCUCCAGGUACUCCCAGUGGAAAAUCUACAUAUGUCUUGAAGAUACACUGUCCUUAUGUCUAAUAUUUUUGUAAAUUUAUAUAAGAAUCUUGCAUCAACUGGCUAUAAUUCAAAAGAUGUUCGUUGAAUGUAGAGCUUUAUCUGGACAUCAGGGGACUUUAAGAUGAUUCAGUUGGAUUUUAUGAGAAAAUGGCUGACAUGAUUUAUUCACCACUAGCCGGCCCCACACAGAGCAUCUGUGCGCUUGUUCGGGCCAACUACCCCGCCCUCACCUUCUGCCCCAGUCUCCGCCGGCCCGCACCGGGCCCAGGGUGCCAGGCUAAGUGCUGCUGCUGCCGCCUUGCCUCGCCUCCGCAGCCAGGCCCGGCUGGGUGCGCCUCAGCCAAUUAGGCGCCUCCAUUGCCCAGCCAAUCAGCUGGGCGCCGGGACGCACAUUCCAAGGCUCACCCAGGAGAAUUAAAUAUAGAUGAGCCAGCAAUAUGAUGCAGCUGCUAAAAAAUUCAAGCAGAAACAUAGUGUCCCAUUCACAAGAAGUUAUCAACCCCGUUCAGACAUUGUAGAAAGUGGGGGCACUGUAUUUGCAUACAGCAUCUCUUGGAAGCCCCACCCGCAUGCUGACAUGCUCUGAAAUGCUGUACCCGUGAAGAGAUUCUUCCUCUGUUCAGAAUGCUUGGGUGCCCCAGUGUUCCACAUUGCGGGGAAGAUCUUGUCAAACACUGUAAGCAUGGAGAACGAGGAGCAGAGCUUCCAAGUGUGCUGACAGGGAUGCUGUAUGACACUGUCCCCAUUUUCUAUAACUGUGCAGGAUAGUUCUCUGCUGCUGCAAUCCAAGGACGUCUCAGUGUGGGUUAUGCUUAUCCACGUGGCUUGAAGGCAGGACUAUGCAAAUUUAGUCGAAGCCUUUAAGAGUCAGGGGAGCAUAGCCCUGUGUUUGGCUCCAAGCAGCUCUCUCGGUUUUUCUCUGAUUGCUUUCUUGUUUCUACCUCAUCUAUCUAUUUACAUUUAUUCUUCUUGACUGUCUGCUUUGUUUCUUUGUUCAAAUAUCUAAAACUCUUACCAAAAAAGAAACAAAAAGGAAAAAGAAAAGGCGGGGGGGAGGGAGAGGUUAGCUUUAGUUUUAUUUUCAGUUUUGUUUUUCCCCCACACACGCACCUCUCUCCACUGUGUUCUCUUGCCUUCUUUCAUUACCUUUGUUACAUGGACCAAGUUAAAUGCAAAGUUCACAUUAGGGUCCCGAAGAGAAAGCACCAGCCUGAGCCACAGCAGCAGAAGCAGCGGCGCCACCUUCACCACUUUCCAGAGUCUUGUGGAGCAUGUGGUUGCUGGGAAUGACCCAGCUUCCUUGCUGGCCACCAUUGCCUCCACCAUCGGCAUGUUGGACAUGGCAAAGGCUGCCACUGAACGGGCUGCAGCUGCACCGGAGGGUGCAGGAUCCAGCCAUGGCCCAGCUGCAAAGGCCUCCUUGGGAGCAAUAACAGUGGUCACAGGAACGCCACAGCAGGAGCAGGCAGCCAAUCAGUGAGCUCGGCCCAUGCUGGGCCGCUUGCACCUGCUUCUGCUUCCCUCUCUGCCCUAGCAAGCCUGGGCGGGGUCUGAAGCUUCCCCGCCUAUGCCAGUUCAGCAGACUAUACCAGAUGCCUAUAUAUAUGCCACCUAGUUGGUGUUCUUGGUUUGUAGAUACGCUGGCACACACUCAUUUGAAAGUUAUGACCAAUUAAAAAGCAGGCUAGAAGGGGACCAUCUUCUCACUUAAGUGCUUCAUCCUCUGCAUCAGGGAGCCUUGCCCCUAAGAAGGCACAGAAAAAAAGUGCAAAAACACUUUUUAAGAAAUCUAAAAAGGAGAAGUCUAGAUCUAAGCAAUAGGGGAAAGAGUGUACACUCUUCUGUACUCUCAGACCCUGACAUGCCUGACCCUAGAAGGCCGACUCCAGGGUUCCAGAGUGCCCCCCUCAGCAGGACCCCUCAGAACACUGGCUAAGCCUCCAUCUACCCCAGGACCUAUUAUCCCCUUGGAUGAGGAUCCCAUCCCAAUGGAGGAGUCUCCAGAGGGCCCAGGGGACCCCUCUGGUGUGCCAGACCCUGAACACCCAGACAGAAGGGGAGUGGUCUGAUGGGCAAGAACCAGAAGGUUUGGAGGCUUUGCAUAGACAUUUCCACUAUUUGGACUUCUCGCCACUGAUGAAUAAGUCUAUAUAUAAUGUGGGGCUCAAUCCACUCACGUCUCCAGAAUCCCAGCCACCAAGUAAAAGUGUGCUGGUGUUUCCUAGCCCAAGGGUGAAUAAUAUGGUCCUUCCAAUUCCAAAGUGUGGUGUUUUUUUUGUCGAGGCAGCAAAGGUGGAAUGAAAAUUUCCCACCCCCAAUAAAAAGAAAUCAACAAUAGCUAACAAAUUCUAUUUCUCCCACCCCACCCCAACAGAUCCUCUGGUGGUGGCAAUGACUUGGGAUCGGCCUUGGGACAGAGAGCCUGCCCUAAAAGUCCCCACUGGUAAACGCCUGGAAGAGGCCAUGAAGCUCACUCAUGAUUAGGCUGACUUAGCGAUGAGAGCUUCCACAGCUGCCCUUAUGGUAGCCUGGGCACUCUCAAACUGUAGUAUCACUUGCAUGAGGCAAACAUAAAAUUACUUGAGGCUCAGGCCUUUAUCUCAGCUUCCACUCUUGACUCUAUUCACCUUGCAUCAGGGGCAGCAAUGGCUUCAGUAGUGGGCCGCUGUAAUUUAUGGUUGAAAUAUUGCCAGAUUGACACUGCCUCACAGCAGUACCCUUCAAAUGGGAAAAAAUUGUUUGGAGAUGAGGCCUUAAAAGAAACUCUCAUAGAGUCAAAAGAUAAAAAGAAAACUAUUCCCUCUUCAAUAUGUAAACCGGAGUGCACACAGGGGAGGAGACUGUUUUCAGCGCUUUUUUCACUCCCUCGUUCCUCCUUGGUGGUAGGGAUCAAGGUUUUAGCUCACACCACUCCUCCUGGAACAGAUCCAGGCCUUCCAGGCAGGGCUUUGGCAACAGGGCAGGCUUCAACCCCCACCCCCACCCCCCCAAAAAACCCAGUCUAAGCAGCAAUUCUGACAUGGGGCUGUGCUCUUGGGUGACUGCCUCUCCGCACACUUGCACGCCUGGGAGUGCACCACCUCUGUCUGCAUGGUACUAACUUCCAUUGAGGCGGGCUACUCCAUAAUAGUGGGACACAAAUCCCCCUGAAUGCUUCCUGCCCACUCCGACCUCCUGCCUACCCUUAAACCACAAGGGUCUCACAGGGGCAAUUCAGCAUCUCUUGUCAAUAGGACCAUAGAGCAUGUGCAAACAAUUCAAUGGAGUACAGGUAUAUCUACUCCAUCAUUUUCACAGUCCCCAAAAACGACAGCUCCCAGGAUGGUACUGGAUUUAAAAUUCUCAACUGCUAUGAACAAAAAGUGGAAAUUCUGCUUGGGAGUCCGUAAGGUCAAUCACAGGGGCCCUCCAACAUAAGAACAGCCCUGGUGGAUCAGGCCCAAGACCCAUCUAGUCCAGCAUCCUGUUUCACACAGUGACCCACCAGAUACCGCUGGAAGCCUACAGGCUGGGUUGUCUCGACUGGAGUGUCUUGACUGUCUAACCACAGUGGACAGUCAACAUCUUGACGGUCUAAAGAGGCUUAGCACCUCACAUAUUUACAAUAAACUGGUCUCCAUAUCCCCUCAUGGGCAUAGAGAUAUUUGCGUAUCUGCAUGAAUAGUUGCUAAAAUCUUCACUUCAGACAGGGACUGAUGGGGACCUACAAAGCCCCCUUCAGGUGCUCCAGGACCAUAGCUUCUUGAUCAACAAAGAGAAAAGCCAGCUUACCCCAUCUCACCAACUGUUCCAUCUGGGUGUUCUGAUAGAUAUGCAAUGAGUCAAACUAUUCCUACCCGCAGAGUGCAGGCUCACUCUGGGGAAUGAAGUGAGACAAGCCCUAGUACAGAAAUCCCUUCCGCUGAUCUCCCAUUCCAGAAUCCUGGGUCUGAUGGUGGCAGCCAUGGGCACACUUUCAUCUGAGGCUCCUGCAGCAGUUUCCUCUACCAUUCCAUCUAGAGAUUGCAGUAAAAUCCAGCAGAUGCGUCACCCUGACGCCUCUUGUACUUCGGUCCCUGCACUGGGGGACGACUAUUCCAUACCUCUGGGUGGGAAAGGAGUUCUUGGAUUCGCCCAGGAACAUCAUCACCACAGACACCAGCAAGUACAGGUGGGCCCACUGCCUCUGUGAGUCGACUCAAGGAAAGUGGUCAAAAGACAAAAAGCAGCAUAGUAUCAACUGGCUGGAGCUCCGAGCAAUCCUGAUGGCACUCUGGGCAUUCCAGUCCAUCAACACGUGUUCAUACACACAGACAACACCACGGCAAAGACGCUCAUGAAUCACCGGUGGGGACCAAGUCGAGAUCCCUGCAGGCGGAAGCAGUCCUUCAGUUCCAGGGGACCUAGCAGCAUGUGACAGCCAUGACAGCCCACCAUAUACAGGGAAGACUUGAAUGUGUUGGCAGACUGGCUCAGUUGGAAGGAAAUUCUCCCAGGGGAAUGGGAGAUGAACCCGAAUACCUUCCACCUUAUCACAACACACUUUGGCCAGCCAUCUAUGGACUUUUUUGUGACUCCAGCCAAUGCAAAGCUACAGUGUUUUUUCUCCAGGUUCCCCUGUCCUCAGGCAGAGGCGGUGGAUGGACUUUCUGCUCACUGGCUGGAGGGUCUCCUGUAUUCCUUCCCGUUGACCCCGCUCCAUGCCCAGGUCCUUUGGAGAGUAAAACUCAAGGUGCAAGUCAUUCUUCUGGCCAAAACCCUGGCCACAGCAGAACACCUGAUGCUACCGGUCACAGAGCCCUUCUUCAGCAAGGCUCAGUGUGUCAUCCAGCUCCAGGCCAUCAAAGCUAGCUGCCUGGAGACUGAAUGGCACCUCCUAUGUCUCCAGCAUAGUGUAGUAGUUAGAGUGUUGGACUAGGACCGGGAAGACCUGAGUUUGAAUCCCCAUUCAGCCAUGAAACUCACUGGAUGACUCUGGGCCAGUUAUGUAUCUCUCAGCCUAACACAGGGUUGUUGUGAGGAUAAAAAUAAGCACGUACACUACUCUGAGCUCCUUGGAGGAAGAGCAGGAUUUAAAUAUAAAUAAAUAAACCUGCACGGCUAUUCAUCCAAGGUGCUCAGCACAAUAUUAACCUCAAAAAUGUUAGCCUCCAACAAGUAGGAUUUACCAACAUACCUGGAGGUCCUUCCUAAGAUGGUCUACCAAGCAUGCAAUCCUCAAGGGAUUUGCUACCAUGAGGCACUUCCUCCAAUUCCUCCAGGACAGAUUGGGGUCCUUCUGCAAACAUGUUAAAAUGCCAGGCUGCCUCCCUGGUGGGACUCUUCUAAGGGGUUUCCAAAUGCUCUCUGCAAUAGCAUCCUCACAUAAAGUGUUUCCUCAGAGGGGCAAAUCUGCUCUCUCCCCAGUGGGCACCAUCUCCCUACUUGCAGUGGCAUACUGUCCUUCAAGCUCUCCAGGGUUCCCCUUUUCAACCAGUGAAGUCCAUUCCACUAUGCCUCCUAUUUUUAGAGCUUGCCUUCCUCAUAGUGGUCACUUCGGCCUGCAGGUUGUAAGAGCUCCAUGCCCUUUUGGUGCAUAAGAACUUGUGCAUUUUUUCUGAUGUCUCUGUUGGGCUAAUUCUGGCCUCCUUUUUUCGACCAAACAUGGCCUCACCUUUUCACAUGUCACAAGAUGUGGUUUUGCCCUCAGUUUGCCAAAAGCCAAUGGUGUAGGCCUGGAACAGGCUGGCCAUCUGUAGAUGUCUGAAGAUGUACACAAAACAUAUUUGUACCACGGAAUCACGUUCUGUUUCCUCUUUACCUCAAACAAUGGGCCAGGCCAUUUCCCCUGCCACCAUAGCUUGGUGGUUAAGGGCUUGCAUUGCCCUGGCUUAUGAAUCCCAUAUCUUGGGACUCUAGUUUGCUCAUUCUACCAGGGCCGCAACUACCUCAACUGGAUUUUUUUUACUAAUGCUCCUGUUCAGGAUAUUUAUAGAGGAUAUUUGUAGAACCUGGAGGGCUCCUUCUACAUUCACCAGACUAUAUUAAUUGGACUCCUUCACCUCUGUCCAAGCGACUUUUGGGAGGUGGGUUCUCCAGCUGGAGUAGGAGUGCUCCCUCUUUAGUUGGGGCUGAGGGCUGUGGUAUGUCCCCACACUGAGACAUCCUUGGAUUGCAGCAGCAGAGAAUGGAGCAUUGGUUCACUCACUAUGAAGGCUUCUUUUUGCUGGUGCCUCCAAGGACGUCUUGAUCCUCCCUGAAGCACCUGUACCUCCUUUUAUCUAGGGCACCUUUGGGAGUUAUUUUUUUCUGACUGUUCACCAUUUGUUCCUGACACUCUGGUGUUCAUUUUUUGUCGUGGUUCGCAGUUCUGCUUGUUCUGUGUUUACUGAUCAAUUUUUACCUUUGAGGUACUCUUUGCCUCUUGGCCUAAAAGAACUGGGUGGGGCUAUGCUCCUCUAACUCUUAGCAGCUUCAACUUAAUUUGCAUAGUCCUACCUUCAAGCCAUGUGGAUAAGCAUAACCCACACUGUGAAGUCCUUGGAAGCAGCAGCAAGAAGUAGUCUUCACAGUGAGUGAACCAAUGCUCCAUUCUGACCAGCAUGUCACGUGUAUGCUGGUCAGAAUACUGGCUGGCAUCCUGGCUAAUGAAGUGCUUGUGUAACAAGCAAUGAGAUCAUAAUUGCAGUUUAAAAAAAUAGUUAUGGGAAGAACUAAACUGCCUACUUUUCUUGCACUAUCUUUCACAACCAAUUGGGACUAAAUUUGGUCCCAACUGGUUAGGCUAGGGUUUCUUAACCUUGGGCCCCCAGAUGUUUUUGGACUACAACUCCCAUCAUCCUUAGCCACAAAGGCCAUGUCUGGGGAUGAUAGGAGUUGUGGUCCAACGACAUCUGGGGGCCCAAGGUUAAGAAACCCUGGGUUAGGCAGUUCACAAGAUAGCCCAUUUGUGCCUCAAAUGUUCAGAUGUCUGCCAUCUUGAAUUGAGGGGAAUGACAUCAUCACAAAUUAUGCCACUGAGGUGUCCCUACAGCUGUAGCAAAUUUGGUUCAAAUCAGCUAGGCAGCUCACAAGUUAGCCCAGUUAUGCCUCAAACAUUCAUGUGUAUGCCAUCUUGAAUUGAGGUGGAUGCCAUCAUUACAAACUAUGCCUUUGAGCCAAACCUAUGUGUCCCUAUAGCUGUAGCAAAUCUGGUUCAAAUUGGUUAGGUGGUUCACACGUUAUCCCACUUCCACCUCAAAUGUUCAUGCAUCUUGUUGUCUUGAAUCGGGGUGGAUAACAUCAUCACAAACUAUGAGGUAUCCCCAUGUGUCCCUACGACUCUACCCAAUUUGGUUCAUAUUGGUCCAGGCACUGUGAGUUGAUGGGGGGGAAGAGAUGCACACGCACACACAAUACCAGGUCCCCUGCUGCUGUGUGUCAUAUGCUAUGUUGCGUUUGGAAGCGGGCUUGUCAAGCUAGGAGUCCUGUGCCUGGACUUAUAUCUUCAACUUUUGGUUGAAAUUGAUUUAUUCCCCUUCUGGCCUAGUUCCCCUAAUUUUUAAGGAUGAACACCCCUCUGAUUGGAUGCAUCUAAUUACUGGAAAGCUGAAAUCAUAUGGGCUGUCAAUGGAAUAUCUGUCUUCUCCCUCUGGGCUAUGAUAACGUUAUGGUGAUCCUUAAGAGGCAUAUUGUUGAUAUGGAACGCCAGACAGAUUUAAGCCAGGCACCAAGCCUUGUAAGACUUGGAGCCACCAAGCCCUCACAAAAACCAGCUAAAUACCUGUAUGACCUGAUAUAUCCAGCACGCAGAAGAGACGUGACAUUGGCUUAGCUGGAUGUGCUGCCCUCUGUGGAACCAGAGAGUAGGUUUAGGAGACUUCCCUAUUUGGAGAGGCUGUGCCCUUGUGGAAGUGGGAACAUUGAAAUGGUUGGCCAUGUGCUUCUGUAUUGUUCUUUCUACUGCGAGCUGCGUUCCAAAUACAUUGCUCCUCUCAUUCUUAGAUACCCUGACAAUUCAGAUGAAUUUUAUAUAAACUUAUUUCUUUCUGAUAAAUACACUUAUGUCUCGCACUCAGUAGCCAAAUUCUGUACAGCUGUGAUUAAAAUUCGCUCAUGGUGUGUCAGAAACGGUCAA